AUGCUGAAAGUCACCAUGCCCUCCUCAUCCUCAUCCUCAUCCUCCUCAACCUCAUCCUCCUUCGGUUCCUCGGCCGUCGGCCGUCCCGGAUCUGCUGCGCCCGAUUACUGGAUCGACGGCUCCAACAAAGACACCCUGGCCCAUUACUUCGACCUGGAGUCCGAGCUGGGACGUGGGGCUACAUCCAUUGUCUACAGAUGCAGGCAGAAAGGGACGCAGAAACCUUACGCCGUCAAAAUGUUGAAGAAGACAGUAGACAAGAAAAUUGUGCGCACAGAAAUUGGAGUUCUUCUUCGCCUUUCACAUCCAAACAUUAUAAAACUGAAGGAGAUUUUUGAGACCCCUACUGAAAUCAGUCUUGUUCUAGAAUUGGUCACAGGCGGAGAGCUGUUUGACAGGAUUGUGGAAAAGGGUUACUACAGUGAACGAGAUGCUGCUGAUGCUGUAAAGCAAAUCCUGGAGGCAGUUGCUUACCUACAUGCAAAUGGGAUUGUGCAUCGUGACUUGAAGCCAGAAAAUCUACUCUAUGCAACGCCAGCUCCAGAUGCACCACUAAAAAUUGCUGACUUUGGACUCUCCAAGAUUGUGGAAGAUCAGGUGACCAUGAAGACAGUUUGUGGAACUCCGGGGUACUGUGCACCAGAGAUACUACGGGGAUGUGCCUAUGGCCCUGAGGUGGACAUGUGGUCUCUGGGGAUUAUCACCUACAUUCUACUUUGCGGCUUUGAACCAUUUUAUGAUGAAAGGGGUGAUCAGUACAUGUUUAAGAGAAUCCUGAACUGUGAAUAUGACUUCGUAUCCCCCUGGUGGGAUGACGUUUCUCUGAAUGCCAAGGAUUUAGUUAAAAAGUUAAUAGUUUUAGACCCAAAGAAGCGCCUCACCACUCUGCAGGCUUUGCAGCAUCCAUGGGUCACAGGGAAGGCAGCAAACUUUGCACAUAUGGACACGGCGCAGAAGAAACUCCAAGAAUUCAAUGCCCGGCGUAAACUUAAGGCUGCAGUAAAAGCUGUGGUGGCAUCAACUCGCCUUGGCAGUGCCAGCAGUCACAGUGUGCAGGACAGCAACAAGCCCAGCUGUAACCCAUCUCCAGUCCAUGACAAACCUGAAGAGAAACCCACUCAGGAAGAAGAAGAAGCAGCAGCUGCUCCAGAAGAAAUGUCCUAG